CCUGGGUGACCUGGAUAGCUAACACACCUGUGUGAGCCUCACUGGAGAAUGUAGCUGCAGCCCUCCAGCCAAGCCACAGGAAACACGCCACCAUGGGAGAAGCUCAAAAGGGCUUACUCUCUGUCAUUGAGAAACUGAAGGGAUCCACAGAACAGGAGGUCAGGAUAGUGCUUCUGGGGCUGGACAACGCCGGCAAGACUACCCUGCUGAAGAGCCUCGCCUCUGAGGAUGUGAACACCAUCACGCCAACACAGGGCUUCAACAUAAAGAGUGUUGCUUCUCAUGGCAUGAAACUCAAUGUCUGGGACAUUGGAGGACAGAGGAAAAUCAGGCCUUUCUGGAAAAAGUACCUGGAAAACACAGACCUCUUGAUUUAUGUUAUCGACAGUGCAGACAAGAAGCGGUUUGAAGAGACGGGACUGGAGCUGUCUGAGCUGAUAGACGAGGAGAAUCUAAAGGGCGUUCCAGUGCUCAUCUUUGCCAACAAGCAGGAUCUGGCCACAGCGUCACCAGCCAGCGAGAUCGCCGAGGGACUCAACCUGCAUACAUACCGGGACCGUGAGUGGCAGAUUCAGGCCUGCUCAGCUGUGUCUGGGGAGGGAGUUCAGGAUGGCAUGAACUGGAUUUGCAACAACAUUGUGAACAAGAAGAAGUGAACCAGCGUCAAUGCCGCCUGAAGUCAAACUGAGAACCAGCAUCUCAUAAGGGAUUUAAAAAAUAUUUCACAUCAAUUAAUAUUAACACACCUCACCUCUGGCAGAUCCUAUUCCCCUCACAGAUUUGAAUGAUAAUUUUGUUUUUACAAUUUGUGUCAUUUUUAUGAAAUUUUUGCAAACAUAGCUAAUUUAAAUGUAACAUCUCUAGCUACAAUAAAUGAAUUAAGCACUUAUUAAUCACUGUACUACCCUAAAAAUUUAUGUUUUUGUUCCCCUUACCCCAGGAAUCUUUGUCUGGUGAAUCUGUGUGCUUUCUUAAAUACUAAGAAAACCAAGCUGAGUGUGUAGCCAUGUAGAAGUGAUGGGGUUUGUCAGUUACAUAGACAUCAGUUCAGUGUGAGUGUAAAGUACAUGUUUUGAGAUUUUUGACAAUAAAAUA